CUAAAAUUACACGUGAAGUUAAAUCGAGCGCUUGUGGCUUUGCAUUAACUACCCGAGUGCAUUCAUCACCGCAGAGAGAAGUGUGAGAAAAGCAUUUCAUGUGGGGUCAGUUACCAUCACUGAGAACAAGAGGAACUUCCCAUGUUGCAAAGUCUUGCCUCACACUGGCCUCUCCUGCAUGUUAGUUAUCAUACGGGUAUAACCGACCCACGAUGAGCUUACCGACCCGGGAACAAUGUGAAGGAUGGAGUCCGGCGCAGGUGUCCAGCUUUCUCAUUCAGAACAACAUGAGGGACUGUGCAGAGUCGGUUCAGAGAUACAGGAUCGACGGAUGUCGGUUUCUGACUCUGGCGGACGGUGACCUCAACAGAUUCAGCCUCCUUCAUCGGCCGCAACUCCAGAAAAUGGUUCAAGAUAUAAAGAAGAACGACGACAGCCUUUUCAACAGACUAAAAAGGUUCCAGAACGAACAAACCGCUAAUAUUCUCAAAAGCGGGAGAACUACGCUGGACCGAAUAAAGAAGAAAGGGCCUCCAAAAGUACCAGCAAGGGACUAUCAAGGGGAAGCUCCGGAUACUGAGAGAUACUCUGACUCAGAUUUUGACAGUGACACAUAUGAGGAUCCACAGGGUGACCAUGAGGAUAACUACGAGCCGCCGCCGAGGUCAGAAGGUCACGGCAUGAAGGGCUUCACCAUCGGCUCGUCCAUCUCCAACUCCAGAGGAGAGUAUGUGGACAGCUGUCGUGGUCGACCGGCAAAACCAAACACUCCUUUCCUUCCGCAACAUCGGCACAAACCCCCCCGGCUGACCCGCAGUCGGACAGAGGAAGAUGAUGGAGAUUACAUUGAGCCAGAGGGCGAGAUGGAGGAUAAUUACAUUGACCCCACUGAGAAAACACUAACAAAGCCGGCGGUUAACAGAGGGGUCAAACCUAGUGUUCCUGCGUGUGGAAACGGUCCCGAUUUCUAUGAGGUUCCGGACAUAAAGGAGAAUUCACAAUCUAACAAAAGAGGUAAGGAGACUCUGCAGCUGAACACACAGAUGGCGCCUCCUAAAGCCAGUCCACGAAUGCACGCCAGAAGGCCAUCGUCUCCAGAACCCCAAUCAGAUGACGAUUAUGAGGUGUGUGAAGGAAAUGACAGAGUUAACGAGAGACCAGAGGAGACGACGGAGACCCGGAGACCAUCAAUGCCGACACCUCGACCUCGAGACCUGAUGAAACCAAAUCCUGCUUCGAUACCUGCAACGAAACCAAGCGUUCCUCGCAGAGAUAGUGAAGCAUCAUCAACUAAAACAACACCAGUAAUUAUCCCACGAAGCCCACCAGACACCAAAUCGAGUCCGUCGCCGACAGGGAUUCGUCGAGCCAGAAUGCCUUUGCCUCGACAAGCUCCCGCUCACAGCAGAGGGACGUUGCCUUCAGAGGGCAGAUCAGCAAGAGACGCUGAGGAGGAAGCUGGUGUGUAUAACAAGGUUUGGUUUGCCGGCAGCUGCGACCGCAAGACGGCAGAGGACGCUCUCAUCCGCUUAGCUAAGGACGGGUCGUUUCUGCUCAGGAAGAGCUCUGGUGUGGACGCGCAGCAGCCGUACACACUCGUGGUGUUUUACAACGGCCGAGUUUACAACAUCCCCGUCCGCUACAUCGCUUCCAACAAACAAUAUGCUUUGGGGAAAGAAAAACAAGGAGAGGAGCAUUUCAGCAGCGUUUCUGACAUGAUUGAGAACCACCAGAAGAAUCCUCUAGUGCUGGUCGACUCACAGAGCAACACCAAAGACUCCACCAAACUCAGGCAUGCAGUCAAGCCAUGAAACAACAUCAACAAGAGCGAAUCUGACGAAUAUAGUUACUGACCUGACACCUGACACACAACUGUGCGAUAGUUUCACAUCUUACCUUGAUAGAUGCUGGAAACAGAUAACGUGCUGCUACUUUUAUAACUUAUUUUAGUGAAUGACUGGGUCGUUGCCACAUGGCGCGCGCGGCGUGCAUUUCCGAAACAGAAUUAAAACAACGCGCUAUUUUUAAUUUGACGCGACGGAAAGCGAGACGCAGUAAAUUCCAUUCGAGAUAAUAACAUUGCAAUGAUGAGAGAAGUCCGUGUUGUAACGCAUGUUUACAUUUAGAAGCGAUCUAUAAAAAAUACAGCAGCAGCAGCAGAGAUGAGCGCCAAGUUAAGAUGCAUAUGUGCAGAUAAGGUACAGUUGUACAGUUUAUGUUUAUAUGUUGUUGAAUCAUUGAUAAACAUUUUGUUUUAUAUAAAGUGUG